AUGACCGCCCCAAGGCGGUACGGCCCUCUGUUUCCGCUAGCUGCCCUUGGCAUCUGGUUGCUUAUUUGGGGCCAGCACGGGCAAGAGAGUGUCUCGUGCAUCAAGCCCUCCGUGGCACAGACGUGCCCGAAGGCAGCGAGCCUUCGCGAGGAAGAGGUUGCGCAGCGGCUUUUUCCAGGCAAGGGCAAGGGAGAUGCCCAGCAGGUUUCCAGAGUGGAAUUCGGACUUCCCCAAGGUGUUGUCUCAGCUCUGCAAUCUAUUCAGAACAGGUCUACGCAGGAUCUGUGGGGUCCUGCAGCAGUGCUGGAGUCUCAAGCCACAGCGGAACAGCGAUUCCAGCGCCGUUCCAACGCUGCCAAUCGUCUAUCCAAGCGCCUAUCCGGCAACAUGCGUGCGAAAGAGGAGCUGGCGACAGCGCUACAGCAGUGGUUUAUGCUUGUGAGCCAACGCCUGGUCGGGCUUAUUACCCAAGUCAGGGCGCUGGGCAGCAAGUUGGACGAGGACACCACUGUGGCGGCCGCCGAGAUGAGGGAUAUUUUGGCAGCACAGCCCUCGGAGCUCACUACGGCUCAGGUUGCCAAGGCGGAGGAGACCAUGGGAACACGUGCUGCAGGCCUCAAGGCUUUUGGAACAGUGCUGCCUGCACCCCUACCUGCAGAGCCUGGACCGCACGCCCUCUUCGCCAUGGAGCCUCCGCAGCUACCCUCCGGCCCUGUCCUGGCGCAGGACGGUGCUUCCGAUGUCAGUUUUGGUCAAACUGGACUUCGCGACCUGCCUGGGAUGACCCCGACCUCCACUCCUCUUGCAAACAGAGGUGCAGUUGUGGAUGUCGAGCUACCCCGGGCAGCCCCAGUCCUUGGGCAGCCCGACUCCUUGAGCUUCGGGUCUAUUGCUCCGACCGUGGUCUCUGGGCGAUGGCGGAAGCGCAGUGCAGGCCAUUCCGACCGGCCCUCGAAGAGCCCCAGGCGAGAUCAUGUGGAACCACCUUGGACAAGAGAAGCGACGGGCCGUACGCCCGACUCUGUGCAACGCGCUCCGCAAGUGGCUGUGGUCGACGACGGCCCCGAGCUCAUCCCGGACCCUACGUCCAACAGUAUGAGUCCUUGGACGGUGGCGUGGCUUGCUAUGCUUCACUUCUGCACCGAGAACGGAGCGGACCUGAUCGGCGAACUGAGGCAAUGCUCACGUCAAGAUGCAGCCCUGCCACUCACUGUGGAUGCACAGGCCCAGGAGGUUGUGGCGCUUGCUGCCGAAGCUGUCUGGGAAGGCAUGUUGCGUGCGGUGGCCAAACCGGAGCUGGCCCAUCUACAGUCCCUUCACCGAGAUCUGCGAGAGGUCAUGCAGCAGCUUUGGUUGUGUUCCAAUGCCCUCCCGUCUGCCAGGCAGGGACUCCUUGUGGCUGCUCACUUGACUGCGGGAAGGAUUGUGGACCCGUUCUCGUAUGCGCCCUCAACAGCACAGGAGUGGCUCUUCCCGGACCUACUUCUCGAGGCCGACGCCCCGAUCCGUGGCUUUAUUGCAAAAGAUGCGUCACAGGACUCAAGAGUGCAAGUGCUGCUCCGGAUGCCAUCACCCUUCCUCCGAGUGACCGACUCUGCGGACCCCACGGAGCUGGAGUGA